AUGAGACCGUUUAUACAGAGAACUCCGGGUGCCGGGCUUCCCCAGCUCGUGAGACUCCUUUCCAGCACAAGAGCCUCCGCCAACGCUCCAAAAUACACCUCUGCAUCUGCUGAAGAGCUCGCACACUUCAAUGCGUUAGCGUCUUCGUGGUGGAAUGUAGACGGACCCCAGAGAAUCUUGCACAAGAUGAACCUCCUUAGAAUGGACUUCAUCUACUCCACAGUCAGAAAACACCUCCAAUUGAACAAGCCAGAAACCCCAUUGGAGGAAGAGAUCUAUGUCCCUCCAUACAGCCUCGACUUACUCCCAAAACCAAUCAGACUACGCAUUGUUGAGGACCAGGAAAUGAGAAGAGACGCUCUUCUCAACAAGUCCAAGCUUCGCGUAUUGGACGUGGGGUGCGGUGGAGGGAUCUUGUCCGAGUCGAUGGCCAGAUUGAGCUUCGUGGAGAGCGUGUUGGGUAUUGACUUGUCCAGCGAUGUGCUAGAGGCCGCCAAGUUGCACAAGGGCAAAGAUCCUAUAUUGGGGGACGAAAAGCUCUCGUACCAGCUUACGGCUAUUGAAGACCUUGAUGCUUCUAAGAAAUACGAUAUAGUCACUAUGUUUGAAAUGCUCGAACACGUUGAUUACCCUGCUAAGGUGUUGAGCGAGGCAUUGAAAAGAGUAGAGGUCGGAGGAUGGGUAUUCAUAUCUACCAUCAACAGAGACUUCGUCAGCUGGUUCACCACCAUCUUCAUGGGCGAGCAUAUGUUGAGAAUUGUUCCAGUGGGGACCCACACCCUCGAGAAGUACAUCAAUCAGCAUGAAAUACGGGAAUGGAUCGAAACCAACCAAGAUGUCCGCGACUCGUUCAAGGUGGUCGAUGCCAAGGGAUGCGUAUACUUGCCAGCCUACGGCUGGAAGUUCACCAACAGUCCAGAUGUGGGCAAUUACUUCAUGGCCAUUCAAAGAACUCUGUAA